GUCAUGUCCAAAGUACAUUCAAGAUAACCUUGUCUCCCACCUGGACGACAAGGCCGAACGAGUACAAACUAAAACCGUAAAGUACAUAUCCAAUUUUUUAACGAUGGAAGCUUUGAAAAUUCGACCAAUCGUUGAAGCCGAUUCAGACCAGGCUUCCGAGUUGAUAGAACAACUUUCUGCCGAUACCGGAGAAAAGAGCGUUGUUAACAAAAAAGAACUGAUCUCUUUUGCGUUUCCAAAAAAUAAUUCGCCACCACUUUUCUCCGGAAUUGUGGCCGUUGACGAGAUUGACCAAAUUCUAGGGAUGGUGCUUUACAACAGUAAAUACACCGCAUUUGAAGGUGAAGGUAUCGGAAUUCAGAUUAACACUUUCAUCGUUCGAGAAGCCUAUCGCCGAAAAGGUGUCGGAUUUCGCCUUUUACGCAAUUUAUGUCAAGUUGCUAAUGAGAAAGGACAAGAAAUUUCUCUCCAGAUUCGAAAGGAUAACGUUGCAGGGAUGAAAUUCCUUGUGAAAUACGACGCCACAAAUUCCACUGGUCAAGGAUGGUUACACUACCAUUUAAGUUUGGAUGCUCUACAAAAGUUGGCCAAAUAUUCUAGCAAUAAGGGGACAAACAUUCGAGUCAGACCAGCACAAGUGAAGGAUUGUGAAAACAUCGCUAAAAUGAUUCAAGGUUUGGGAACGUCGUAUGAAAGACCACAGAUGCCAAGUGGUGAUAAGAAAAUGGAAGCGAAUGCUUUACAACGUGACGGUUUUGAAAAAAGCAGUCCUGAUUAUUACGCCUUCGUCGCCGAGGGUGAGGGCGGACUUGUGGGGUACAAUUUGAUUUACUGUACGUUUCAUCCCAUCCACGGAAAAUUGGUUCAUUUGGAAGAUCUGUAUGUGGACGGGGAGCAGAGAGGGGAAGGCGUUGGGGUUAAAUUGUUCCAAGCAGGUGCACAGUUUGCCGUGGAAAAUGGGUGUCAUGGAUACACAUUAGAUGUAUUGGACACGAAUACGAAGGCCGUUAAAUUUUAUGAAGCAUUUGGUGGUGUCAAUUUUUCGGCAGGGACGGACGGGGUGCAGUCGAUGAAAUUAAAUACACAUGCCAUACGUAAAAUUAUUAAUUUGUAGCAAUAAGUUUGUAAAAUCCGAAAAAUUACACGAGUUUACUGAAAAUUAAAAAGCAAGUCACAAAUUUAUUGAGAACUUGAUAAUCUUACAAAA